GCGAAAGGUCUAAAGCUCAGAGCCAGCUAGGCAAAAGGAAGAAUAUUCUUGGAAUGGCUCAAGUUCAGCUGAAUGGAGCCACUGCCCAAGGCAAUGGCAAUAAUGGCAUUAAUGCCGAGGAUAAUGAACCUUAUCAAAUAAGUGACGAUGACUUGGAUGACCUGGAUGAUGAUUGCCUGUUGGAGGAGGCAGAGACCACCGGUGGUGCCAACAGUCUGGGACGUGGUCCCUACGAGAGGGCUUGGACCACGGAGGCAACCAGGGCAUUGAUACACAUACGCGGUCCCAUGGAGGGAAGCUUCACGGAGGGCAGACAAAAAAGAACCGCACUUUGGCUUCACUGCACCCGUCAACUGCAGCGCCUGGGCUUCCGCUACUCCGCCGCCAAGGUGCAGAAAAAGUGGCACAACAUCCUCAUCACCUACAACAAGAAUCUGAGCAAGAAAUACGUUUCUGGCUACGUGCACUGGGAGUUCUUCGAGGAGAUGUUCAAGUAUUUGCAGGGCAAGAAGGCAGAUUUUGACAUGCAGCUGCCCCAGCCAUCCGCAACAGUUCCUCAGACUCCGGUUAUUGCUCCAGGACAGACCCUAAGCCAAGGUCAGCCGCAGCAACCGCUCCAGCUGCAGUCGAAUCCUGUGAGCAUAAAGCCCGAGCCCUCGCAAAUGAAGCUGCAGAUAAAAUCCCAGACUCCGGCGAAGGAGGAACAACAGCCCUAUAUCACACCCGUGGACCAGGUGCUCCUGCAGGCCCAGAUGAACAUGGACAGCAAGUCCAACGACGAGUUCGAUGAAGACAGCAACACCAUGUCGGAGGUGCGACAACCCAAAAUGGAGUACGACGCUGAACAUGCGGCAGAGGCGGAGCGAACCAGCGAUAGUAGCCAGCACUUGGAGGGGAAUGAGCUGGCUCGUCCACAGGGACAGGGUCCCGCAGGCGUUGUCACCGAUGACAUUUGGUGGAAGGACUACUUCGAACGGAAGCUGGAGGUGGAGCGGGAGAAGAUGGAGCUCCAGCGGAAGCUGCAGCAGGAGCAGGUGCAAAUCCAGAAGAUGUCGCUGGUGCAGCAGGAGCGGAUCGAGCGCAUGAAGAUCGAUGCUAUCAAUAGCCUGACAGCCACCCUACAGAAGCUAGUGGAGGCAAAGUGCCGACGGGCCUAA